GGAACACUAAUAGGCUCCAUGCAGAGUAGUGUGACCAAUUGAAUCAUCCUCGCCCUGGAGCUGGAAGCUGCAGAUUGGAGAAGCAGAGAACACUGCGCUCAGACUGGCUCCUAUAACGACAGACUUCUCAGGAGUACCACUUUUUGCUCAAGACUUCACUGGAAUUUUAAACUGUGUUCUCCAAGGAACUCACAGAGCUCUCCCUUUGCCUCGGCCCCUUUUCCUGCGUGGCAGACCUAAGACCAGCUCAUAGGUGAAAAGGUCAGAGGGCCCCUAUUUUGGCUUAACUGCAGCUGUAGGAUCAUCCUCACCUUGACUUUCACUGAUUGAGACCUCCCUGCAACCAUGACAACCAAAUCCAACCAAAACAGCACUCUUCUGGGUGGCAAAGCUUCUUCCUCUCCUCUCUUGUCCUCUCCUCCUCGCCAGCGCCUGGUUACCAAAGAUGGACGCUGUGCCCUUCGUCCUCCUCUGUGCCCUUCAGGUUCAUGGUGUGGGGCGUCAGGCAGAGCCUGGGUGCUGGCCCUGCAGGAUCUAUGGGGACUGCUGGUGGGUCUGCGCUGGAGAUGGGUAGUUCUGGCCUUCUGUGCCUCCUUCCUGGCCCACUGGCUGUUGUUUGCCUGCCUGUGGUACUUGCUGGCCCAUCUCAAUGGAGACCUGGCUGUGCAGGAUCAUGAUGCGCCCCCACAGGGUCAUGUGGUCUGUGUGAAGCACAUUACAAGCUUCACUGCUGCCUUUUCUUUUUCCCUGGAGACACAGCUGACCAUCGGCUACGGCACCAUGUUCCCCAGUGGAGACUGUCCCAGUGCCAUUGCACUGCUGGCUGUGCAGAUGCUGCUGGGGCUCAUGCUGGAAGCUUUCAUCACAGGUGCAUUUGUAGCCAAGAUUGCCCGUCCCCAGAAGCGAGCAGGAGCAAUUCAGUUCAGCCCACAAGCAGUGGUUGGCCAACACCAGGGCCAGACGUGCCUCAUGCUACGAGCCACAAAUCUGCUGCAGCGACCUCUGGUAGAUGUAAAGGUGAGUGCUGUGCUCUAUGAGGAGUAUGAAGGUCAGGCUCUGCACCAGACCUCUCUGGACUUCUACUUAGAUCAUCUGGGCCAGCAGCCAUGCCCCUUCUUCAUUUUCCCACUCACCUUUUACCACCCCCUGGAUCGCCGGAGCCCUCUUUUCCCUGCCCUGUGUGAGGGCACAUCCAACCACUUUGAGUUGGUUGUCUUCCUGUCGGCUUUGCAGGAGGGAACUGGUGACUCCUGCCAGAAGAGGACCUCCUACCUGCGUCAAGAAAUCCAAUUUGAUCGCCGCUUUGUCCCCGCCUUGGGGCUUGAUCCUCAGGGGAGAUACAUGGUGAACACUCAGCACUUUGACACGGCCCACUCAAAGGAGCCCUUGAACAAGGACUGUGUGGUACAGAUCAAUGGUGAUGGCAGCGACAGGAUAGAAUAAGGAUCCGGAAGAAGAGGUUUCAUGGGGACAGACAGAAAGUUUCUGAUGUAGACAUAUUUUUGUCAGGAGGUAUUUAAUUGAUUUAGGUAAAUCUGAAUUUAUACUUUAACAUUUAAAAUUAAACUGUAUAUCAGACACGCUGCAGGCUCCCUCAGCUCCUUCUGGAGUUCUUAAUGCAUCAAGCAAGGGGAACCCAUCACUACUGCCAUUUGUACUGGUCGGAAUCUCUGACCAGUAGGAGCCUGGGAAAAGUGGGAGGGCAGAUGGUUCUAUUUUUGUUGUUCUGGCCAUAGGUUCUAUCCAGAUAACAUACUCAUCAUAAUUUGUGUUCUCAGAAUAAAGCUCACAUUACUGAAAGAUACACUCAACAGUGCAAGAUGAAAAUAAAACCCAAGUUUGAAUACAGAAAGCUGUUUACUGUUUAACUCUUUUAAAUUGAGUAAAAGUGAAUUUCCACUCCCUUAAGCUUUGUUUUCAUGUAAGAUUUUGUAACUGAAUUAUAUUUGAAAAUAUGCAGUUCUAUUGUGGUAACACAAUGUCUUUUAACUUCAGUCCUGCUUCAGUUCAAGACAGCAGUUUGUGUCUCCAUGGAUAUCAGUAUCCCAUUUAUGAUCACACUGAAGUUUCAUUAAACACAUAGAAAUGUGGUUGUCCUAUAUACAUGUCGAUAUUGGUGACUACAUGUGUGCACAUUUCAUGAUGUUUCCAAACACAAAGGUGCAGUUUUGCAAUAGUUAAUGUAACAUUCCUGUAACCAUCAAAUAUAACCAUCUAGUACUGUUGUGAUUAAAAGCAUUUCUGUUGCAUCAAAAUUGGUAGAACUGCAGUUUUGAGGUUUUACCACAAGUUCACUAUCAUUCACUCUCUAAUUUAAUGUUUUGAUAAGGAGAUAGUAAAAAUCUAAUGCUUGGCUAAGGUUUCUCAAAGCCUGGUAUUCAUUUUUUCCUCAUCUAGAUAACCCAAAGACUAAAUUUCUAUUCUUCAUUGCUCCAAAAGUGUUUUUUUCUCUGCCUCUGUUGCUUGUGAUGCAGUAUUAACAUUUUUCAUAAUGAGGAUAAAGACUUAUUCUCUUUGAUCCAAAAGUAAUGCCCAUGUGUGUAUUUGAAAAUUUUUACAACUAUUCUGACAAUAAUUUGAGAUGAUGAAAAUACAAUGAUCCCACUAGAAUUUGUAUGGAACACAGAGAUUUUUCUUUUAAUGAUUGAAUGAAAAUAGUUUUCAUGCUCUUCUCCAGACAUCAUGUCACUUUUGAGUUAUGAACCUGGAAUGCAUUCUGCCAUCACAGGUUUAAAUUUAAAAUCUGUAUAUCUGAAUGUUCAAGACUUCACACACAAGUGAAGAACAUGCAUUGCAUUCAGAUGAAACCACUGUGGUGCAAUUGUUAGUAAGAAGACAGGCAUAUCGGUUCUGUAAAGCGUCUUGAGACAAUCUGAAUUGUAAUUAGCGUUAUAUAAAUAAAAUUGCAUUGAAUUGAAUUGAAGGCUCUGGGUUUGAACAUGUUCACAUGGGAUCUUUUUGUGCGAAGCAUGCAUGUUGUCUCUAUGCCUGUCUGGGAUUUCUUUGGGUUCUCUCUAACCCUCCAGAUAAUUGGCCACUCUACAUUGCCUGUAGGUGUAAAUAUAAGCAAGAAUGGUUGCCUCUCACUCUCUCUGUGGUAGCCCUGUGAAUGACUCAGUGUCAAGUGAGAUUGGCUCCAGAUCCAGAUUCCAAGUCAAGACAACACAGAUUAUAAAGUUAAUGUGUCUGCACAGUAACGUCAGCAUGCUAACAUGUUCACAAUGACAAUGACUGAAUCCAAAUGUUCACAAUGUGGAUUUAGACUGAAUUCUCCUGGAUUUUUACCAUACAUACUGCCAUCAGAUCAAGUCUGUGUGGGCUUGUGAGGUGAUGCAGUAUGAGACUAGACUUAACAGUGAGAGAACAGAAAAGAUAAAUAAGGGAAGAUAGUUGUUGAUAUGGAGACUGCAUCUUCUCCUAUCCUUUAAUUAGCUGAACAUGUGAAGUGAAUAGAUUUGGAUUCAGACAAUGCAAACAAGACAACCGUGUUGACCAUGGUCACAAUUUUAGUGUUGUGUUAGCAUGUUAACAUAUACUAAUGAGCACUACACAGAAAAAAGUACAUAUUUCACACUUCACGGAAGGCAAUAUGAAGUGGACAAGUCUCACUACUGUAUGGCUGAAUAUAGAAUUAGUAGGCAUGGCAGUUAUAAAAGUAUUAAAAGAGUCAGUAAAUAAAGGGACAGGCUGCAGUGAUUGUAUAGUCAUCUCUGUAAAAGGACAUUCAUGUUGCUGAUCAAUAAUUUUCUGUACUGUUGUUUAAGAACUAGCAACAGAGCAGAGGGAUUUCACCGGAGUCUACCAAGAUUAGCGAGCAAUCACAAUGAGGCAUCAGAUGGUUGUAAUGUCAUUGUCACUAGAAUGAAGCUGCUACAGUUAUUCGUUGGAAGUCUUUUGCAACAAAGACAUCUCUGUCUUAAAGUAAUCUAACAUUAGACUGACCUGUAUGACAUGUGACUUGUUAGUGACUGAUAGAAUUAUACUGACUGCUGAUUAUUUUGUAUGUUGAUGCCAUUAUUUUGAAAAAUCAUUGCCUAAAUCAUUAUGCACAGCCAAAAUUUAUGUAUUACAUUCAACUGUUCCAAUAAUAAAUGUCUCUAGAAUUAGCAAAGAAAGCUAUACUAGGAGGAAUAGAAAAUGUGAGUUUGUAUUUGGAGUAUGAUCCCUUUAAAGUCUGUUGAUAUAAUGAGAAUCACUGUGUUACCUAUAUGGUUUUAAAGAAAUCAUGUAGCACCCUAAGACAUAAGUGAGGAAAUGUUCCACAAAAUGUGAUUGCGAAGAAUGAGAUCUCAGUGUAUCUCACAUGCUUCAGUGUCUUUGUACAGUGUACAUUACAUUAAAUAUUUUCUAAAC